GGAUGGAGUCCCGUUGACCUUCUGACCAGGCCUGGAUUUAUUUUGCAGUACCUGGUGUGCAAAAGGAAGCUGGAGAGUAAAAAGGAAGCCCUGCUGAUCCUGUCCAAGGAGCUGGACACAUGCCAGCAGGAAAGGGACCAGUACAAACUCAUGGCCAACCAGCUCCGAGAACGCCACCAGUCCCUGAAGAAGAAAUACCGAGAGCUGAUCGAUGGAGAUCCAUCACUCCCCCCUGAAAAGAGGAAACAGGCUAACCUUGUACAACUAUUGAGAGAUUCUCAGGACCGAAAUAAACAUCUGGGAGAAGAAAUUAAAGAACUUCAGCAAAGGCUCGGAGAAGUCCAGGGUGACAAUAAGCUCUUGAGGAUGACAAUCGCCAAACAGAGGCUUGGAGAUGAAGAAAUCGGUGUGCGGCACUUUGCAGCCCAUGAGCGUGAAGACUUGGUUCAGCAGCUGGAGAGGGCGAAGGAACAGAUUGAGUCCCUGGAGCAUGACCUGCAGGCGUCUGUGGAUGAGCUUCAGGAUGUGAAAGAAGAGCGGUCCUCCUACCAGGACAAAGUGGAGAGGCUCAACCAGGAGCUGAACCACAUCCUGGGCGGCCACGAGAACCGCAUCAUCGACGUGGACGCCCUGUGUAUGGAGAACAGGUACCUUCAAGAGAGAUUGAAGCAACUUCAUGAAGAGGUCAACCUCUUGAAGUCUAACAUUGCCAAAUACAAGAAUGCUCUUGAGAGACGGAAAAACACAAAAGGCCAGGGUAAAUCCAGCAGCAGUGCUCUGACGGGAGUCCUCUCUGCAAAGCAAGUUCAGGACCUGCUAUCUGAGGAUCACGGAUGCAGCCUGCCAGCUACUCCGCAGUCCAUUUCUGAUCUGAAAUCCCUGGCAACGGCCCUGUUGGAGACCAUCCACGAGAAAAACAUGGUCAUCCAGCACCAGAGGCAGACCAACAAAAUCCUAGGGAAUCGGGUGGCAGAACUGGAGAAAAAAUUAAGAACUCUGGAAGUUUCUGGUUUGUGGAGCCUCCCCGGGGGCAAGGACACCAUACUGUUCAGUGACUCCACUCGUCCCACCAUGCAGAGGUCCAGAUCCCCACUACUGAAGUUCGUCGAGCAGCCCGCUGAGAACACAGCGAACCCCAAGGAUGGGGAGGUUCAGGCGCAAGAACAGGAUGAAAGCUGCGCCGCUGCCGAGGUGUUGACAGCACCCGAGGACGCUGGGAGGCCUGCUGUCAGCUCCGCCGCAAACCAGAGCCGCGGGGGCCAGCGCGAGCACUUUCACCCUGCCCUGCCCCGGCUGCCUUCCGAGGGAGGAGAAGCCAACGGGCUCCGGAGGGAAACGGUGACACUGAUGGAGGAACAGGCCGCUGCGGAGCCGGGCGGGGUCGGCGGCGACAGUCCCCUGGAGGGCCUGAGGGACGGCAGGGGGCCGGGCCUGGCCUCCGGGGGGCCGCUUCCCAGAUGCUGCCAGGACUCCUCUGAGUCCAGCCAGCCCGCACCCGAAGCUGCCACCCUGGAAGAUGGCAAGGAGCCUCCAGAGGCCGGAGGCCCAAGGAGCACCAUGAAAACAUGAAGGGGAGAGGGACCUGGCACGGUGACACGUCGAAGGCACUGGGGACGGUAAAGAGUUCGUCGUCAGAACAGCUCUCCGAAGUCGCUUUCUCCUAAAACACCUCCAAGUCUGCAAGUGAGAAAAGACACGGGUCCUGUCGCACACUGUGACUACUCUGAUGCCAGCACAGUUUGAUUUAUUAAAUGCGGGGCCUCAGGCUUCUAAGUGUCAUCUCUUUCUGCCGAAGACGCACCGCUGUGAACAUGGCCAGGCACGGAAUCGCGUCCGCCAUAUGGCUGGGUUUUGGCAUCCGUCUUUCUGUCAGCAUUUGUUUUAUUAGAGAUAAGACUUUUUUUUUAUUAGCGUUUAAUGUUGCCAAUCAAAAUUAUGGAAAGAGCUUGAAACCAAUGGGGUUUUUAAUCAGAUCUGCGUCUUUGCAACAGUUAGGCAGCUGGAGACCAGGGUGUAAUUGAGCAUAAUGGGUCCAGAGGGCCCGCCUGUCCACUUCCUCGUGUCAGGUCCCGGCAGGACCCCCCUCAUGGGUGUUCUUGGCAUCCUGCCUGCGGCACUGUCUGUCCUGGCACCGGCUGGCAGGUGGAAAGGGGCUUAGGCAGGCUCAGAAUGUGGGGCUUCUGGUCUGAAAUCCACAGCCCCUGUGGAGACCUGUUUGCUGACGGCUGGAGCCGAGUGUUCCAGCCUGUAAUUCUGCAGGAUUAAUCGACUGGACUGAUGGGGGUUGGGGGGUGAGAAAGGA